UAAUAUGAUUCUGCGGGGCGCGUAUUGUGCUGGAGGUAGGGCAAGUGUUCUUGGUGCGGGCGCAAGGUUACCCCGUCAUUUCGCGUCCAGCUCCCAAGUUAGACUGCUGUCACUCGGAGGCGUGCAACGUGCAACACCAUCAACGGCUCGGAAGAGCCCGUAUGCUUUACCUGGCGGUUCUCGCAACUUCUGGUGGUCAUCCUCAAAAGUCUCCACCGCUGAGCCUUCAGCUGCUACGUCCCCGGAGUCUCCUGUAUUGGCGCAGGACAGCGCAGGUGCUGUCGCAGUCACCGAGCAAUCACCCGCGGAGGCCGCUCAGCUCUUGGAGUCGACGAACGCGCUUGACACUGCACCCAUCAUUGACACCACGCCCGUAGCGGAAAUUGUCCAAGAUACCAUUGCAACACCUCUGUCAAGCAGUGCUCUUGACACAGUUGCCCAAAUCACGCCACUACAAUAUGGCGAUCUUGCUGCCAUGGGUCUGGCUAGCUGGUCACCGGCUGGACUGUGCCAGUGGUUUCUGGAGGUUUCCCAGGUUGCUAGCGGCCUACCGUGGUUCUGGACGAUUGUCGGCGCGACCGUAGUUUCACGUCUCAUCGUUUUCCCUUUCGCCGUGAAGAGUAUCCGGAACGCAGCACGUAUGGCGCCGCACCAGGCCGAGUUCGAGAAGCUUAGGGAGGAAAUCAACAAGGCACGCAUCUCGAAGGACAUGGUUGAGAUGCAGCGCGCUGUCAUGAAGCAGCAGAUGCUCUACAAAAAGAUCGGGGUCUCUCUCCCUGGCAUGGUCCUUCCGCCGUUCGCCCAGAUUCCUGUCACCCUUGGCAUGUUCUUCGGUGUCAAAAAGAUGUGCGACCUGCCCGUGCCCCAGCUCAAGCAAAGCGGCGUCGACUUCUGGCAGGACUUGACUGUACCCGACCCUAUGUAUGUCCUUCCCGCGCUCGCAACAGCAGGUAUGAACGUUGGUCUUACGCUCGGUAUGCGUGACAUGGCUGCCGCAGAGCACACACCACAUCUGAUAAAUGGUCUCCGCGUUCUGUCCACUGUCGGUCUCCUCUUCAUGGUGAACCUGCCUGCUGGCGUUCUGGUUCACAUCUUGACCGGAACCGUCUGCAUGUCAUUGCAAAGCACGAUUCUUCGGCUGCCCGCUGUGCGUAGCGCGCUAGACAUCCCCCAACGCCCAGCGAACUUUGGCGUUCAGUCCACCAGCAUGGUGGACACAUGGCGGUACAUUCAGAAGUGGUGGGCAAAGAAAAGGGAGGAUGCCAUCCUCGAAGCUCACGUGAAGGCGCAGCGGCGGCGGUAAAGUUUGUUAGAAGUCGUCUCCCCCUUUCGCGUACGUGCUUAGAGUACCAUCGUAUGUCGAAUAAUCGAGAUAUAUCUC